UAUAACACCUGAGUGAACAUCUGUAGUACAACUGAACAAUACACAGCGCCCAUUCGUUGUUCCCCGUGCGCCACACUGCAUCAUAGCGCAGUAGUCGUAGUUCGGGAUGCGUGGAAUUUAGACGCGGUGCUAGCAGCAGCUGCUCACGACCUUCUGUUUUGCUACCUUCUGGGUUGCGGUUGUGGCGGUGGAUUAAACCGUUCGUCGUUUGUGAGUACUUCAAACAUAAUUUACCUUCCGGUCGCGGUCGCACUGGUCGUCAUUUUAAUCCAAAGAUCCUGUGUAGGCGAUAAAGCUGAAUAAGUGAAGCGCGGCUGGCCACGGUUCACGGGUGCGGAAUGAACUGCUAGUGUCACAUCGGGUAAAUUAAUCGGCGUUUGUCAAUGACAACGGAAAGAACAACCUGACAGAUAACACAAGUGAUGUCAUCGGAUAGAAUACACAGAGCGGCCAAGGAUGGUCUUCUUGAUGUGCUCAAGGAGGCCACUAGAUCGGAAGCGAACUCCAAAGAUGUAGAUGGCAUGACCCCGGUACUAUGGGCAGCUUUCGAGGGUCGAUUGGAAGCGCUCAAACUACUAGUCGGAAGAGGUGGGGAUCCGGACAAAUCUGAUCAAUUUGGCAACACCGCAUUGCAUCUCGCUGCAGCCAAAGGUCAUAUGCAGUGUGUGGAUUUCCUGGUGCAGUUCGGUGCCAAUCUGUACGCUUUAGAUAUCGAUAAGCAUAGCGCGAAGGACUUAGCGGCCAUCAAUAAUCGGGACAAUAUUCUUCGCUACCUUGAUGCCGCGGCGGCCAAUUUAGAAGCUGUAGAUAAAAAAAAAGCGCGAGACUUUAAAGAAAAAGCAAGGAAAAAGUCAGAAAAACGAGCGCGAGAGUUUGCCAGCAGACAGCAGAAACUCAACCAGGGCCAACACGAUGACACUCGAAUUCGACCGCACCGACCAUCUAAUAUGCUUCAGAUGUUGAAGCAUAAACUUUGGUCCGGGAGUCAAGGAAAUCUGAAAAACUCCCACAAAGAAAAUGCCAACCAUCAGAACGGGACAAAGUUUAGCGCUCUGGUGGGCGGAACUGUCAGUGGAGCUCGAGGAGCAGUAAAAAAGCGAGCAGAGGCUACUAAACUUAAGCAGCAAAUUGAAAAUGGAGGUUUCAAAAUAGGAGAAACGGAACCGACAGGCAAACGCAGUAUACGAUCAAUACAGGGCCUACAGAGGGACUCAGAGAUCUUGUAUGUAGGCACGUAUGGUUCUGCUGAAGACAGCGGUAAACGCGGUAAGCUGAAAGACGUGUUCGAUGUGGACUCUAACGGGUAUGAGGAAGUGGACGACGAGGACAGUGAAAGUGGUGGUUCGAAUGCACACAAAUUUAACACCAUCUCCCGAUCAGUUAGCCAACCCGAUUUCCUAGCGAACCUGAACGACGAUCUUACCAACGACGUUCUGCUACAGUGUAGACCCAGUAUUUUCAACAGACCAUCGGGAAAUUUGGCAAUGACUCGAUCAGUUUCAACAGUGCUAGCAAAUCUGGGAAAUGAACCAUCAAACAACGAAUCCGAUGGAUCUGCAAAAGUUAAAACUAAACUUGGCCCAAUCAAACCUCGUUCACAGUUAGUCAUUUCCGACUCAGAGAGUGACCAUGAGAGCUCCGAUAACGAGGAAAGUGAGUCAUUGGCAAUGUUACGCUUUUUAAUAGCGUUCAAACUUGAUGACUACUACCCAGUUUUUCAGAAAAACGAAAUCGACAUGGAAACAUUGAUGCUUCUUACCGAGGGAGACAUAAAAUCACUAGACCUUCCCAUCGGCCCCCACCGGAAAUUAUGCAAUGCAAUCCAGGAACGAAGAGAAGCUCUGGCUAACCCCGGAACAAUACUAGAUAGCCGACUGUGAGUAGAGCUCUGUGCUGUUUCCGGAUUGCAUUUUAAACAGUACUCCUCCGGUAAUAAUGUAAUGGAUGCACGGUUGAUGUAAAUACUGCAAUAAAUUAUUGAUAAUUUAA